AUGGAGUUGUCAAAAACUCGAAGAACUGUGGGAAAGGAGAAAAUGUCGUUUUCGGUACGGUUCAAUGCAGAAGACGAAGAGGUAGAAGGAUUGUGUUCUAUUCCCACAAAAAUACAAUCAACAGGGUCGACUGAUGAACAAUUAAAAACACCUGAACAAUCCUCUGGGAAUUCUCAAUACUUAGGUCUAUUUGGAUUAAAAAGAUCAUCUAGUUUAGAUGCUGAAUCUUCACCUUGUGAUACGACUAUUAAGCGCCUUGAUAGUUUUCUAUCGGAUAUUAAAGAAGGAUUGUGGAGAAGCGAAAGUGGUGGUGAUUUAAGCAUAAUGUCAAAGAAAACUGAUGACUCUGGUCAAGAUGAUGAUUCUAUUUCUAUGAUAUCAAAUGAAAUUGAUGAAGCUGAAGAAGAGGAACAAAGUCAGUUUAAUAUUAUUGAUAGAAAUUUGUUUGGUAUUCGCCGCAGAUACACAAAGUUAACAGACAAAAACAUAGCAAUAGAUAAUAUAGAGACGGCAAAAGAUGCUUUAGAAGACUUAGAGCUGAAAUCAAAUACUUCAGAAGUAAUUCAACAUGGUUGCUCAGAACAUGAACAUCUAAAACCAAAAGAUAAAGUUAAAUAUGUUAUUUUAAUUUUGUUUGGAAUAACCGGAUGUUAUAUCAGCUACAAAUAUAUGCCAAUGUAUUUAAAUACUUUUGUGCUUGGUGGUUUUAUUGCAUAUAAGUUAAGACAUGUUUUGGAAAUAUUUACAAAAGAAGAUUAUAAAAAAAAUCAGUUCCUACCUAAUUUAGACUAUAUUCAUGAUAAUGAAGCUUCUAUUAUACGAUCAUUGAAAAGUUUAUAUGACCUCGAUCCACGCUUGAUGUUGUUUAAAGGAUGGAUGAACCAAUUUCUCUAUGAUUAUCGCCCAGAAACUUAUCGACUUUCACUUACUAUUUCUGUGUAUGUUAGAUUAAAAGGAUCAAUACUUAUUAUGUCUUAUCCAUAUUAUAAGGUUCCUAAAAGAUCUUUAUAUAAUGAAACCAAACCUAAAUUGUUGUUUGUUAAGGAGUGCAUGUAUAAGUUGUCAAAAUGUAACAUUACAUUAUUACCUCAAAAUUUAGUAAAUAAAAGAAAAUGGAGUAAAAAAUACCCUAUUUGUAUAGAAUUAAACUCUGAGUCUUUAAUUGGUGUUCGACGCUCAUUAAAAUUUAAAAAAUUUAUUCAAGGACCAGAUGAAUGGAUGUGUAAAGAUUAUGUUACACCGUCAUCACAAGCUAAGUCAUAUUAUGAGGAAAUGUUGGAAUGUGGCAUAUCAGAUAUGAAAGAUGAUUAUGACUUUAAAAAUGAAGUUAAUUAUUCCGAAAAUAAGCAAAAUGAAAAAAAAAAAUCAAAGUCUGAUGUGAGCCAAAAUGACCGUAAAAUAAAUGAGUCAGAGGCAAAUACAUCAAAAAAUUCUGAAAAAUUGACUGAUGUGGAAGAAAACAAUGAAGUAGAUGGUGAAUGGAAAACUGAUUCAGAUAAAAUAUAUUUAUUUGCUAGAAAUGACCCAGAAAAGGAAUUAUGGUUUCAUCGAUUAAAUCUUUCUUCUGCAUUUGAUGUGGUAGUUACUGAUGAACUGACAAAUAAGAAAAAGCAAAAUGUAGAAGAACACAACAAAUUUAUCAAAGCUUAUCUUGGUUAUCUGUUUAAUGUUUACGAAUUAUCUAAUUAUCCAAUACUGACAGAUGUCCAAAAAAAAAAAGAGAACUUAAUGGCAGCUCAAAUUAAUGAAAUUUCUGAUGAGUAUUUAUGGUUAAAUAUGCUUUUGGGCCGUGUAUGCUUUGAUUAUUUACAAAAUCCUAAAAUACUUGAAAUGAUUGCCGACAAAUUCCAAAGGAAGUUAAAUGCUAUAAGGUUGCCAAAAGUAAUGGAUAUACUAGUGAUUCGAAGUUUAUGUUUUGGGAAGGGUGAGAUACCAACUAUACGCAGCGUAUCAAAACCUUGGAUGGAUCACCGAGGAAUAUGGUUUGAAGUUGAAAUUACUUAUAAUGGAACAUUUCAAGCAUCAGUUGAUACUAAACUUAACCUUAUGAAAUUAAAAAAAGAAGAAGCUCGACAACAAAAAGAUGAAGUAAGAAGUGCUGUGUACGACUCUAAUCAAGAAGAUAGUGGAGAGACAUCAAAUGAUGAAGGACAUGCACGAGAGGAUGUUAAUUUUGCAGAAAGGUUGUUCGAACAGCAAGCCUUAAAUGACCCACCACCACCUCAAGGAAGCCGUAUUACAAGGUUUAUGGAAAAUUGUUCUUCUGGUUUUCUUGAACUGAAAUUUGUAAGAAAAGUUUUUGAAAAUGUUGCAAAAAAGGAACUUACUCUCGUAAUUGAUGUGAAACAAUUAGUUGGAACGCUUAUUAUCAAUUUGCCUCCACCGCCCACCGAUCGUGUUUGGGUCUCUUUUAAAGGUAGUCCGCAAAUAAAUUUUGAAGCUAAGCCAAAAGUAAAUGACACAAACGUUCCACUCAUGGAUGUCCUUACUAAAGCUUUACAUAAUAUUUUAAUCAAAGAAUUUGAAAAAGUUAUUGUUCUACCAAAUAUGAUUGAUUUUUCUAUACCAUUGAUGAAUAGUGAAUAUUAA